UUGGACUGGAUUGAACGGAACGGGACGGAAAAGAAAAGACAAUUAAAAUUAAAAUUAAAAUGUUACUAUAAUGGUUUAAACGGUGACGUGUUGUUUUUUGCGUCACCCCAGACCAAUGUUUACGACCAGGCGCAUUUUGGGAUCAUCUGCAAAGUAUUUGGUCUCUUUCCCAGUUUGGAAACCACGGGCCCAGCUGCAUUACAGCAGGAUGUCCAGUGUACCACGACCACUCACUGCAGUGUGUCAGGUGAUGGCCACAUCUGACAAAGAGGCCAACUUCACUGCCUGUAAACAGCUGGUGGAGGAUGCCAAGGAGCAAGGGGCUAGCAUGGUCUUCCUGCCUGAAGGCUUUGACUAUAUUGGAUCCAGUCGAGAGGAAACACUGUCGCUGUCUGAGAGCCUAACAGGAGACAUAGUAUCAAGAUACAUUCAGCUAGCCAGGAAGCUGGAGGUGUGGCUGUCUCUUGGAGGAUUUCAUGAACGAGGACAUGACUGGGAGACCGACAGGCGAAUCUACAACAGUCACAUCAUAAUUAAUGAUAAGGGUGAGAUUGUCACAGUCUACAGGAAGUCCCAUUUGUUUGAUGUGGAACUGCCAGAAAAAAGAAUAUCUCUUAAAGAAAGUGCCUUCACCAUCCCUGGACCGUCCCUCGUGUCUCCAGUCCAAACUCCCAUUGGCAAGGUGGGUUUAGGCAUCUGCUAUGACCUAAGAUUCCCUGAGUUAUCACUGGCUCUGCAAAGGCAUGGGGCUGAGAUCCUGACAUACCCGUCAGCCUUCACUGUAGCAACAGGAGCCGCUCACUGGGAGGUGUUACUCCGUGCACGGGCAAUCGAGACCCAGUGCUUUGUCUUGGCUGCAGCGCAGGUCGGUCGGCACCAUGAGAAACGCUCAUCGUACGGCCACACCCUGGUAGUGGACCCCUGGGGUGAAGUGCUGGGUGACUGUGGAGGGGAGAAGCCAGGAAUGGUGCUGGUGGAGAUCGACCUGGAGAAAGUCAGCAGCACCAGGAGAAACAUGCCAGUCCAACAGCACCGCAGGGACACUGGUUUCUACCACAGCCUGGAAAAAAUAUGAGCAGGUUCAAACUGUUUUGUACCAGGACAGGCUGGAAUACAGGCAACAAACUAAGCAGGAUGCUGUCUUUCAAUAACAGGUUGCUGGUAUUUUAUUUUAGGCUCAGAUUGCUAGGUUUCUGUCCCACUGAAUUACAACAAGUCAUUUGAUUAAUGAGCUAUUAAGAGAAAUGAUUUUCAGCUUGUUUGAUCAUAAUCAGCAGGCUGAGAUGAGGGAAACAUUACAUUACCAUAUUGGGAAAGAAGCACACACUCAGCUAAUUAAGCUUUUAAUGAUCAUUUAAUUAUCAGGAAGUUGGAUAGACAUUUCCAGUUAGGAAUGAUUAUUCACAGAGUUUUGUCGAUUUUCAUCCCACAUCUCCAGCCCAAGUCAUCCAAAAUGAGUUUUUAAAUGACAUUACUGAUGAUAAUCAAUAGAUGGUACUGUUGCGUAGUAAGAACUGAAGAAAAUGGUUUGAUAGUCAGUUUUGUAAAAUCACAGUAAAGCUUUCUGUUUCUGAAUGUUGAAGGAGUUAGUAAAAAAUUCACUAACAUUUUUUUUGUAACAUUGAAUACUGUUGAAAAGUUAUGUUAUAAUAUAAACUCAUACAUCUGAAAAA